AUGGAUAAAUCAUCGAAUCAGCAGCAACAAGGAGAUGCUGUGAAGGUUGCACUCAGAAUUCGUCCUCAAAAUGGAAGGGAAAAAGUUGAUAUGUGUCAAAUUUGUACUGAGGUGAUUCCAGAGGAACCUCAAGUAGUGCUCGGAAAGGACAAGGCCUUCACCUUUGAUCAUGUCUUUGAUAGGGACACGCUGCAGGAUACUAUCUAUAAUUCAUGUGUAAAAAUGCUUGUUGAAGGAUGUUUUGAUGGUUACAAUGCUACAGUUUUUGCUUAUGGACAGACUGGUUCUGGCAAAACAUACACGAUGGGUACAGGAUUUGAUGUUGAUGUUGACCCUUAUGAAGUAGGUAUCAUACCUCGGGCCAUUCAGCAUUUAUUUGAAGGAAUAGAAAAGCGAAAGGAAAAGGCAGCACAUGAUAAUGUGCCUCCUCCAACAUUCAAGGUUACUGUUCAAUUUAUGGAGCUGUACAAUGAAGAGAUCCUAGAUCUGCUUGAUCCUUCUAAGGACCCAGAAACCAGAAAUAGGAAAUCUCAUAUCAAGGUUCAUGAAGAUGCAUCUGGGGCCAUUUAUGUUGUUGGAGUGAAUACACGCCCUGUUGAUUCCUUUUCUGCGACUAUACAGCUCCUGAAAGGUGGUGCAUUAUCUCGGGCAACUGCAAGUACUAAGAUGAAUGUGCAGUCCUCCCGGUCUCAUGCUAUUUUCACUCUUCAUAUUCGACAGGACAGAGUGGUUGCUGAUAUACCAGCUGAAGAUGGAAAAGAGGAAGAUUCCACUCAGACAACAUUUGAAACCCUUACUGCUAAAUUUCAUUUUGUGGACUUGGCUGGAUCAGAACGACUUAAACGCACAGGAGCCACAGGUGAUCGAGCAAAAGAGGGAAUUUCAAUAAACUGUGGUCUGCUUGCUCUUGGUAAUGUGAUAUCUGCUCUUGGAGACAAAACUAAACGUGGUUGCCAUGUGCCUUACCGAGACUCAAAAUUAACAAGACUGCUGCAGGAUUCCUUAGGUGGAAACAGCCGAACACUGAUGAUAGCUUGUGUUUCUCCAUCAGACAGAGAUUUUAUGGAAACUUUGAAUACCCUUAAAUAUGCAAAUAGAGCAAAGAACAUUCAGAAUGUUGUUAUUGCUAAUCAAGACAAAGCUAGUAAAUUAUUAGCACAACUACGAAUGGAAAAUUCUCUCUUGCAGAAGGAAUUGUUAGAAUAUAAAACGGGUAAACGUGUGGUAGAUGCUGAUGGAGUAGAAGGAAUCAACGAUUUAUACCAUGAAAACAAUAUGUUACAAAGUGAAAAUGAAAAACUUAGGCAGCGAAUCAAAGCUAUGAGUCAAACUGUGGAAUGUUUGACAGAACGUAAUACACAGUUGAUUACUGAAAAUGCUGUUUGUAAACAGAAUUACACCGGUGACACUUUCAAUAAUGAACACAUCACCUCAAUGAUACAAGGCUAUAUCAAAGAUGCAGAAGUACUUCGUGCCAAAUUGACAGAAGCAGACUCUUUAUACAAAGUGGCUCAACAAACUGCAGUUCGUGCACAGUCACGACUUGCCUUAAGCCCGAUGUCACAUGUCCCAAUGUCCUCAUCAUUUACUUCUGUGCCAGAUAUGCCAGAAAUUGACAAUUAUGAACUGCUGAAAGAAGCUAAUAAAGACUUGAAAGUAUUGAAAAAGAAAAUCAAAUUUCGAACAGGAGGAGAUGGCCAAGAGAGUAACAAAGAGAACAUUUGUGAAAAUGGAGAUGCUAGGCACCAUGAAGAUACUGAUGAUUUAAUACAGCAGCUGGAGAUUAUUAGUGAAGGAGAUGCUCCAUCAGAUGAAGAAUAUACAGCUGGAGAGGAAAUGGUUGAUCUUGAUGAGGACCUUGAUGAGCUUGAAUUAAUGGGUUCAAAUACAGAUACAGACGAAGAGGAAGGUUUGGGUUCUGAUAAUAUUCAUGAGGAUUUAGCAGAAUUAACAUGUGAAAUGACACUGAAAACUCGAUUGAUAGAGGCUUUGGAAAAGAACCAGAACAAGUUGAAUGCAAUGAAAAAUCAUUAUGAACAGAAAGUCAUUCAGCUUACUCAGAAGAUACGGGAUACAGAACUUGAAAGGGACAAUGUGUUGUCUAAUAUUGCAAAACUGGAAGAAGACAAGAAAGAUAAAGCCAAAAAUAUCAGGGAAAAAUAUCAGCGUAAAUUGAAUGAACUUCAGAGUGAAUUAAAAAAAUUCCAAGAAGCUAAGAAGGACCAUGCAAAAUUGCUUAGAAAUCAAGUUGUCUAUGAAAGACAAUUGAGGACUUAUCAACAAGAUCUGCAAGAAAUGAAACGAACAAAGGUGAAGCUCAUGAAGCAAAUAAAGGAAGAAGCUGAAAAAAAUAAAGCAAAUGAGUCGAGGCGGCAUAAAGAAAUAACUCAACUUAGACGAGAACGAUUAAAGUAUGAACAAAAAAUUAAAACUUUAGAAACAGAAAAACAUCAAAAAGAAGUUGUCUUAAAACGGAAACAAGAGGAGGUGGAAGCUCUAAGGAAGAGACAGAAACCAAUGUCAAGUCGAGCUGCAGGCAGAGUUGGCAAAUAUGAUGUUACUCCUACCAUUCCAGUUGGUAACAUUCCAGGUUCCAUGUAUGAACGCCGGAAUAGGAUGACAACAAUAUCAGAUAAACUUGCAAAACGAAAAUGGGAUAUCAUCCAGAAACGAGUGGAGGAUAUUGUUAAGAAAAGACAAACCUUAAAUUUGAUAGAAAAGGAUAUGGAAACGUGGUUGAAAGAACGGAAAAAGCUUGGACAAAGUCUUGAAAAGUAUACCAACAAAAAGCAGAAUUUAAUAGAGACUGGACAGCCUGAAGAAGCUGUUAAUGAGUGCCUAGAUGUAAUUGACAGUUUGGAGGGACAAUUGCAAGUCUGUCAAGAGAAUAUAAGUGAAAUUCAAGAACAAAUUAUGCAGCUUGAAGAAAAUAAAAAUAAUGAUGAUGUGGAAAAACUGCAGAGUAUAUUUAGUAGAUGUAAUAUGAUGGAAUGCCGGUACCUUUUCAGUCAUUUGAUAGAAAUGGUUUUAUCUAAGGGUACUUCUUGUGCAAAUAAAGAAACUGAGCUGAAGGAACUACAUGCCAAACUUCAUCAAAGUAUGGUGAAUAAUACAUUACAGCAAGACUUAUUGAAGCACAUGAUGAUUGAUCAAAUAGAUAUUGAUAUGGAAGAACUUGUGCAAAAUGAUACUGAAAUAGAAUGUGUCAGCUCAGGUUCAUCAUCACCUGUUGAGAACAUGUUCGAAAGACAGAGAGCAAACCAACAAACAUCUCCCACAGUUGCUGCUGGAGACUCUGCCAGAAGAACGAAGGUGCGGCCAUGUUGCAAGAAGAUACAGAGUCCGGUUUCCUGCAAUUCUCAACUUGUAGCCUUCUCUCCAGCUGGUGUGAUUAUGUCAAUGUUUUUGUUUCACCAUUUUUCCCCAUCAAAUUAUGUUGCCCGUCCUUUCCAUUCUAGGCAAUCACGUCUGGAUAGUCUGCGGCACAACAAAUUUUAUCAUGCAAUCCAACACAGAUUUGCACAUUUUCCAAUGAGAACAUUCCCCGUGGCUCGCAGACGGACUGCUACGCCCAUGGAAUUGCUAUAUUCUGCAGAAUCACCUGAUUUGGAAAAUACUUUGAUUCCUCUCAUGGAAUCAUCUCGUGAAGAAGUGACCACCCCCACUUCUGCUUCAGAUGAUAUUGACUUUAAAGCACUCACCAAAAGUGUUGACACUCUUGAUACUAUGGGGAAAAGCUCCGAUUUUGAAGCGUGUCUUUCCCCUGUUCCACUCCGCCGAGUCAAUAGUGCUUCAGAUGCUUUGAAGCCCAGAUGCAGCAGUGAACUUGUGAGUCCUCAGAGUUCCCCGUUGGUUUCAAGGAAAAGGAAUAAUGAUGUUUUCAAAAGAUUAACAUCUAAUACGUGUACAGGCUCACCAGAUCCCAACAGAGGCAGUAUCACAAGAGUUAAUACUGGUGGACGUACUUCACCAGUUUUCUGUUCCCAUGUGGUAGAAGGUCACUGCAAACCUGUCUUAUCGGUUUAUGCCACUGAAAGGCUAUUAUUUACUAGUAGUAAAGAUCGUUCAGCAAAAGCUUGGGAUCUGAACACUGGUUUGGAGCUGCAAACAUUUACAGGCCAUCCGAAUAAUGUUGUUGUUGUUAAGUACAAUGAACCAACACGUACACUUUUCACUGUAUCACAGUCAGAAGUAAAGCUUUGGGACAUCCGAAUCAAAAGCACUCCAACAUGUCUCAUUACAUUUCAUUCUUCUGGUUUAACCAGUGUUCCAACAAUGUAUCAGACUCGACAAGGGGAACUUGGUCGUGGUGAGCAAAUCAUUAACGACAUUGCUCUCACUGAUGAUGGCAAUGCCCUGUUUACAGCUGCUGGCAACAUGGUUCGCAUAUGGGAUGUCAGGAGCCAAAGUUGUGUAAGUAAACUUACUGGACAUCAGGCUCAGGUAAUGGUGUUGGCUUUAGCUAGAAGGGAAGACAAGCAAAUUGUUGUCAGUGGAUCAAAAGAUCAUUAUAUAAAGGUUUUUGAAUUACCUGAUACAACAUCUACUCUCAUCUCUCCAACAUAUAACUUGGAACCACCUCAUUAUGAUGGUGUCCAAUCUCUGGCUAUGCAGGAUAAUAAUCUGUUCAGUGGUUCCCGAGAUCGCUGCAUAAAAAAAUGGGAUCUUAAUGAUCAGCAAAUGAAACAGUCUGUGAAUUGUGCACACAAGGACUGGAUCUGUGGUCUUGCAGUGAUGCCAGAGCACAAUAUUUUGCUUAGUGGUUGUCGAAGUGGCUACCUCAAGUUGUGGCAAAUUGGUGAUUGUUCUCAAAUUGGAGAGAUCAAAGCUCAUAACUUUCCCAUUACUGCUAUUGCUACCAAUUCCUCAGCCAUCUUUACAGCAUCAAAUGAUCCGGAAUCCAGCAAGUGCCAUAUCUGGAAACUGCGGGAAGGCACUAAAGUGCGAUUAUCCGUUUGA